AUGUCUUCAAACGAGGAUAAGUUUGAUGGCAUACUGUUGUCGAUGGCCAGAGAGCACACCGGAGGCGUCCAAGAGCUUUUGGAGACAUUUUUCAGCUUCUUGUGCCGUAAGACUGACUUCUACUUCGGAGCCGAGGGUUCGGCGGCCGAGAAGCUCGUGACCGACACUUUCCGCAAAUAUCAGGACAUAAGCCGUAAAGUGAAUGAAGAGAAGACCAAAGAGAGGGAAGAAGUGGAGAGACGGGAGCGACAGAAGCGGGAACAGCGCCGACGCGACGAAGAGGCGGCCAUUAAGGCCAACGCUAGUCAACCACAGCAGCCGAAGAUCGUGGAGUUGACCGACGAGGAGGCGGAUCGGCUACAGAAGCAGAUCUCCGCCGGUAAGACCGGUACCGCUGCGACGGCCGACGGCGGCGAUAAGCUUACCGGUGCCGACAGCGCCAGUGAUAGUAAGACUGAUACUAACGGUACGGACGGUAAGGGAGACAAAGCCGAUGACGACGACGAAGACGAGGCGGACAAAGGAAAGCUGAAGCCGAACGCCGGCAACGGCUGCGAUUUGCCCGACUAUACGUGGACUCAGACACUGUCGGAACUGGAGGUUCGGGUACCGCUGCGGGUGGCGUUCAAACUGCGAGCGCGAGAUAUAGUGGUCGAGUACAAGAAACGGCACCUGAAAGUGGGCGUCAAAGGCCAGCCCCCAGUCAUUGACGGCGAACUGCACAACGAGAUCAAAGUGGACGACUGUUGUUGGGUUCUUCAGGACACGAACACAGCGGUGAUAACGUUGGAAAAGUGCCACCAAAUGGAGUGGUGGCCGAGACUACAGGUGACCGAUCCCGAGAUGAAUACGCGUAAAGUGAAUCCCGAAGCGUCGAAGUUGUCUGAUUUGGACGGCGAGACCCGAUCGAUGGUCGAGAAGAUGAUGUACGACCAAAGGCAGAAGGAGAUGGGUUUGCCCACCAGUGAGGACCAGAAGAAACAGGACGUCAUCAAGAAGUUUAUGGUCGACCAUCCGGAGAUGGACUUUACCAAUUGUAAAUUCACUUAGAUGACUCAUUUGGAUGCUUUUUUUUGUCUACAGCGAUUAUACACACAUUUUUUAAUUAAUGUCCUUUUUUGUUGGCGCCCGACGUAUGGCCCGAGAAAUGCAGUC